AUAUCAGAUCGGUUUACUGUGUUCGGUCGAUUUUAUUUCUGUCUCAAUUGGCUUCAAAUGUCAGAUCAGAAGAAGGACAAGAAGACCUCCAAAAAAGCUAAAUCGAGAUCCAACAGGGCUGGAUUGAACUUUCCGGUUUGUCGUAUUCAUCGUUUGCUUCGUAAAGGGAACUACGCUGAUCGGAUUGGUGCUGGUGCUCCGGUGUAUCUUGCAGCAGUGCUAGAAUACUUAGCUGCUGAAGUUUUGCAACUGGCUGGAAAUGCGGCACGCGACAACAAUAAGAGCCGAAUCAAUCCCCGACAUUUGCAAUUAGCUAUACGGAACGACGAUGAACUGAGUGUGCUUCUUUCCGAUGUCACGAUCUCUCAAGGUGGUGUAUUACCUAAUGUUCACUCCGCGCUUCUUCCCAAGUUGUCAACUGAACAGGCAUCAACUUCGAAGCACAGUGACCUUAAUAUGACGUGAUCUAAUUUCAAGUCAUGCAUACCCUACGCUUUAGAGCCAUAAAACUAUGAGUCAUAUUUAUGUUCAUGAUAUUAGAUCUUACGUUUUAUCUGAAGUGGAAUAAAAAGCUUGUCGUUGCAACAGUACCAACACA